CGAAGGGGGGGGGUAAUUCUAACCUUGAAAGAGACACAUUUCAACAACUCAUCGCGUAUUUCGAUGGCAGAAUUAAGUGUUAAUAGUUAGCCGGCUCGAAGGGGCGCUAACUGUUAGCAUGUAAGGUAACGUAACAGUGUGAAGUGCGCAUUUCUCGCCCCCUCCCCCCAACAAAAAAAACAUUUCCUUUAAAAUAAAUAAGCGCUAUAAUUCAUUUGAAGUUCAUUAUGCCCCUAUUUAAAUUCCCUUUUCUGUUUAGUAACGUUAGGUAUAAUUCGACUUGUUGCCCAGGAGCUAUGCUAUUAGAUUACAGUAACCUCAUUACUACGGACAGAUAGAAGUCUUUCUAUAUUGUCUAAAGGUUUUACUACCUGUUUUGCUACCUACCUAUCUAUAUUGCUGGCGAACAGGCUGUCUCAGCAAUGGUGGGACGUGGUAAACAGAAAAUGUGGUCUCAGCGAGGGUCGCCCCCCCUGCGAAUGCCGUAUCCUUGACCCCCACCCCCUCCGACGACCAUCGGCCUUCAGCCUCGCCUCAACCUCCCGUCGGGAUGGCGAGUGGCUGCCGCUUGCUCCCCCUCGCCGUGACUCUGCUGGGCUUUCUGAACUCCUCUGUGACCACGCUGAUGCCUCGGGUCUCCUUCUCCAUGGGUAGUCCGGGGAGACGUCUUACCCGCUUCAGCAGCGCCGACGUAGGCAACACCACCACGCUGCUGCUCAGCGAAGACUGCGAUACGCUCUACGUGGGUGGACGCGACGCUGUGUUGGCGCUGGACGUCAGCCUCGAGGGCGGCAUUGUCCUGAGGAACAAGCUGGACUGGAGGCCUUCGGAGAAAGACCUGGAGCAAUGUUCAAUGAAAGGAAAAAAGAUGGCGGACUGUCCUAAUUUUAUCCGCGUGCUGCUCUUCCUGAAUGCCACUCACAUCUAUGCCUGUGGAACAUUUGCCUUCAGUCCGCGUUGUGUCUACAUUAACUCCGAUACAUUCACGGUGAGCCUCAAGCCGGAUGAGGGGCGAGGUCGCUGCCCUUAUGAUCCCUACCAGCGCAACACGGCUAUCAUCGUAGACGGAGAGCUUUACACCGGCACGGUGGCCGACUACCGGGGCAACUGGCCGCUCAUCUCCCGCCACCUGAGCGAAGGCUCCCGCGUGGACCUCAAGCUGGACGACACGCUGGGAUGGCUUGAAGAUCCCACCUUCAUCAGCUCCACCUUUGUUCCAGACGAGGGCAAAAUUUACUUUUUCUUCAGCGAAGUGGGCCGAGAGUAUGAUUUUGUCGACAAGUUUGUCGUCUCGCGCGUUUCCCAAGUCUGCACGAGUGACGUCGGAGGCCAGCGGACGCUCCAGCGGCGCUGGACCACCUUCGCUAAAGCGCAGCUGCUCUGCCAGGCGGACGGCGAGUUGCCGUAUAACGUCCUCCAGGACAUCGACAGCCUGCCGCCAGCCGCCGACACGCCAGCGGACGACACGCUUUUCUACGGCAUCUUCACCUCUCAGUGGUCGGUCAAUUUGGGACUGUCGGCCGUGUGUUCGUUCCGCCUGGCGGACAUCAAGUCGGCAUUCUCGGGCGGCUACAAGGUCCUCAACCGUGACACGCUGCAGUGGAGCACCAGGGUGCAAGAGAGGGUGGCCAAUCCGGGCGAGUGCGGUCUGCACAACGCGUCGGACAACGCUCUGCGGUUCGUCAAGGAGAACUUCUUGGCGGACGACAGCGUGCGGCCGGCAGGCGGGCGUCCCACCUUGGUGUCUGCCGAGCACCGCUACAGCCACCUGACCGUCCAAAGGGUCCGGGCGGCAAACGGCGUGGACUACGUGGUCCUCUUUCUGCUGACAGAGUCGGGGUACCUUCACAAAGCCGUGCUGCUGCCGACCGGGGCGCAUGUCGUGGAGGAGGUGCAGGUGUUCGUCACACCGCAACCCGUCAAGAGCCUGAAGCUGUCCAUACCCAAGGGCCUGAUCUACGUCGGAACGUCCGAGGGAGUGCUCAGGCUCCCGACGGCCAACUGCUCCUUCUACUGGACCUGCGCCCAGUGCGUCCUCGCCCGGGACCCCUUUUGCGGGUGGGACGCCGCCCGUCGGGUCUGCACGGGACUCUCCGCCCCCGACCUGGGCCAGGACGUGGAGGGGGGCAACGUGGAGAAGGCCUGCGAUAGCGUCACGUCCGUGCACCGAGCUCGCUUCGGACCAAACAACUUGCCUGCGGGCGAGCCGCUGCCGGUGUCCCUGCACGAGGUGGUGCGGCUCCCGUGCCCCGCGGCGUCGCGGCUCUCCCGCCAGUGGUGGGAGCGCCCCAACAGCCGGCUGUCCCCGGAACUCUUCUUGCACCUGGACGACGGCAGCCUGAGCUUCGUGGCCACGCCCGCCACCCUGGGCCACUACCUGUGCCUGUCCGCCGAGAACGGCUUCCGGCAGACCGUGGCCGUGUACCACGUCAAGCAGAAGAGCGCCCCGCCGCCCGGCCCCCCGGGACCCGACGCCGCGCCGGGCCCCAACUUCACCUUAUGGAUGGUGAAAGCGGCACCCAAAGAGGCGGCCUUCCGAGACGGGGACCCGCUUCUCGCGGCGCAGACCCCUUCCUAUUUCAAGGAGCUGGUGGCCGUGUCAGUCCUCUUGGUGCUUUGCCUGAGCGCGCUACUCGCCGUCCUCCUCUACGCCGUCAAACAGCGGUGGCGCAGCCGCACCGUCCCGCAGCGGGCGGAUGUUCACGGACGGAACUCCGCGGAGCACGACGCCCUCCGGUCGGGGCCGGAGGAGAGCAAGCGCAACGGACAUGUCCGGGGCGCGCUCGACGCCGCCUCCAACGGGCACUUGCCCAACACGCCCAUCUGAACACGGCGCUCCAGGUAGGGAAGACGACGUUAUUGCGUGACUUCAAAUGGCGAAACAUGCCGCCCGAGAGUAUUUGGACCACGCUGAAUAGAACAACGGAGCCAAAACGUGAUAGAAGAAGGUCAAAGUUCCGAAAAGUUAUGUGAAAACAAAACAAAAACUGUUAAGAUGAAGUGAAUGGGAAAAAAAAUCAUGUUCUGAGAGUCAAGCUUAAUAUUAUGAGAAACGGAAUCAUUUCUUAAUGUUAUGGGGGGGAAAGUGACACCCAAAUAAAUUCAUAAUAUGGCAGAAAUGAAGUCCGAAUAUGAUGAAAGUUGCUUCAAAAGUGAUUCAUUUGUCAUGUGCCAAGGGAAAAAAAGGCCAAAGCUCCAAGUCCUAUUCCUACGAUGAAUACGUUUUAAUUUGACCCAAACAAUAUUUUACGGUACUAGAACAAAGUCGUAAUGUGACAAGAAUGGAAUCAUUGUUUUCCGAGAGCCACGUUGCUCUCGCCCAAUUGUGCGUGGCCCAAACACUCCUUCGUGGCAGGCGUCUUGAGUCGGACAACGUUUGUACUUUACCCGAUGCUGCCAGUCAGCAUUUGAUGCCACGUGACCGCUCUGCAUACAGUCCUUUGGUUUGAGUCGGCUUCUGCACAAUUUGGUCACCUCGCCAACUUUAUGGACCUCUUUUGUCUGAUGUUUCUACUAAGCGGUGGCGUGUUGUCGGAUGGCAUUUCUGCUCCGUGAACGUGCCUUGGCGACACCGCAACACUUGGACCUUGUCGUAAUGUGACUACUGAACCAUUUGCUGUGUUCAUUUUGAAUGUGAAAUGUCAACGUGGUCCUCAUGUGCUGUGUGAAACCAGGACCAAAUACAGGAAGUUGUUUUCACUCAUCCGGGGACGACCGUUUGACUCCCCUUUGAUCGCUGUCCGGCGGGUGGAAUGGUCGACUUUCACAUCCGGACCGAAUCCGCUGUCGCUAAGAAAAAGUGUCCGCGAAAAUUCAGAUGCCGAAAUCCAACCACUCUCGUCAUAAAUGUUGUGUUACGUGAAUGGAUGCUUUUCAAUGUCACUUGUGAUUUAGCCUCAUUAGAUUUGUGCGGGUGUACCGAGUAAAUCACAUUUCCAUGUUACAUGCACCUUAGAGAAAGACUGUGAAGGUACAGACGUGAUCAAGUCGAUAGUCAACACAUUGGAAAAUGAGUCACCAACUGC